AUGCCUAGGACAGCAACGAUAAAAUUGAAGUGUGCGGGUUGCGACACAUUUUUGAAAAAAGUGACAGAUAAUCUGACUACGAUUCCUGAAGAAGCUCGAAUUUCAGUAUAUAUUAAGAAGAAAAUCUACAUACCAAGCGGAAAUCGAUGUUGUAAAGAUCACUUAAUAAAAAAUAGAAUUUAUGAAGAUGAUCUUAGUCUCUUGAGAGUACACUCUAACACAGCAAAUCUCACAGCAUUAGAGUUAUCCAAAGUGAUGGAAACUCUGUCUAUAAAAUGUGAUUCGACAUUAUUAGACAAAGUGGGCGAAUAUAGUAUUUCGGAAGAACAGUUAGAAGUUUUUACGGGAUUAAAUUGGGAAAAUAUUAAUACUAUAAAAGAUAUGUUGAUUUCACUGCGAAACAAUUAUUCUAACAGUAUAAUCAAAUCUUUCGAAGAUGAUGUUUUGCCAUUACGUUUCGGCUUAAAUUCUUGCAAUAGAGAUGAUCUUAUUCAGAAUCAUACAACUGAAAUGGCAAAAAAAUUAUUUAAUAUUAAUGACAAUUUGUUUUUAAUUUGUGAUGGCACGUACGCUCGUCAUCAAAAAAGCACCAACAAUGAAUAUCAGAGAAAAUCUUUCUCUGGGCAGAAGAAAGUUCCUCUGUGCAAACCUUUUACUCUGUGCACAACUGACGGCUACAUUGUUGAUAUGCUUGGACCAUACCUUGCUAAUCAAAAUGAUGCGGAGAUUUUAAAAAGUGUCAUUGAAGAUCCAAAUAGUUUGCGUAAGUUCCUAAAAGAAGGUAAUAUUUUUGUCCUUGAUCGCGGUUUCCGUGAUAUAAAAGACAUUUUAGAAAAAGAUUUCAGAGUUUUGAUGCCUGCUCUGAAAGGAAAAAGGAAACAACUGUCCACAGAAGAGUCCAAUGAGUCACGGUUUGUCACUAAAAUUCGCUGGGCAGUUGAAUCUGUUCACGGUGUGCUUAAACAAAAAUAUCGCUUUUUGGAUCAUAAAAUUGACAACAAGUUGAUACCGAAAAUUGGAUCUUACUUCAGAAUCGCGUCGUUCCUCAACAACACCUUUGGAAAAAGGUUUCAUUCUGACGUAGACACUUUUGAUGACAUUCUACAGAGAAUGCAUAGUCAAAAAGAUGUGCAGAAUACUUUGGCGGAUGAGGUAGAAGAAAAUGGUUGGCUUCGUCGAAAGCUACCUUUCAAAAGUGUUACAUCAGAUGAUAUUUUAGAUUUCCCAGAAAUGACAGAAAGGGAUUUGAAAAUCUUAUUCACCGGUUCAUACCAACUCGGUCAAGCCAUAUCAUAUUUGGCAGAAAUGGUUGACAAAGAUGGUAAACUAAAAAUUGAGUAUGUUAAAGAUCAGUCAAAUGUACUCAAAUUGAAAGUUCCAUCUCGUCAUAUUUCUCGAACAGCAUAUCGAUGCUUCUUAAGAUAUAAACCUAACAGUGUUGGUGUUUCUGGUUUGACACAUUACACAUGUGAAUGUGCCAAUGGCAAACGGUCUGUUGGUUGUUGCUCCCAUAUUGCUGCAGUGGUGUAUUAUUUAUCUCAUGCUAGGUACUUAUCAAAAAUUUUCAAACCGGCCGAAAUACUCAGCGAAGUAUUCAAGAAAAACAAUUACAUUCCAGUAAUUGAGAGUGACAGUGAUGAAGAUUAA